UUGUCAAUUAUCCUUAUCCUCUUGUACUUACUUGUAUUUUUGAGACUUACUUGUUUACUUAAAAGGUGCUUUUUCGUUAAAGGAGUCAUAUUAAUUUCCUCUGAUCACUAAAAUUUAGAAGACACAUCGUUUUACGGUGGUGAAUUCCCUGAAACACGGAACUAUUUAAUUGUCGAACAAGAAUUGGAAAAUAAGAGGAAUAUUGAUCAGACGAAUUCAAACCAAAAAAUCUCAAAUAUGCGUCAGAUCUCAGGAUGAACACAGUGUUAUUAGCAAGUAUUUGGGGCUACUACUAAAUGAACAAAAUGAUGCGUUUGUCAAGAAUAUUUUCCCUGAAGCAAUGGCAGCUGAAGAGGAGUCAGCCACUUCACACAUCUAGUUCCCAGCAGAUUGAUAUUUCUUUGAGCAACAUUGAUGAAGAUAAGUCACAGACAGCUUUUGUGCUCGGGAGAGCCUUGUAUCUGGAUGCCCAGGCAACGACUCCAAUGGACCCUAGAGUACUGGACAAAAUGAUGCCCUAUCUGACUUCAUACCAAGGAAAUCCCCACUCUAGGACACACAUGUAUGGUUGGGAAUCAGAGGCUGCCGUGGAUCAUGCUAGACAGCAGAUUGCAGACUUGAUUGGGGCGAAUCCAAAGGAAAUUGUUUUUACUUCUGGUGCUACAGAGUGUAAUAAUUUAGCUAUCAAAGGUGUUUCUAAGUUUUACAAGGAGAAAAAAAAUCACAUUAUCACAACACAGACUGAGCACAAAUGCGUACUAGAUUCUUGUAGAUAUUUACAAGGAGAGGGGUUCAAAGUUACUUAUUUGCCAGUCUUGCCAAAUGGUCUAAUUGAUCUAGAAGAGUUUGAAGCUGCAAUUACCCCAGAAACUUCUCUAGUUUCGAUAAUGACGGUAAAUAAUGAAAUCGGAGUAAGACAGCCAAUAGAAGAUAUUGGUUUUAUUUGUCGAAAAAAAAAAGUAUUUCUUCAUACUGAUGCAGCUCAAGCUGUUGGCAAAAUUCCUAUGGAUGUCAACAAAAUGAAUAUCGACCUUAUGUCUAUUAGUGGCCAUAAAAUAUACGGUCCAAAGGGUAUAGGAGCUUUGUAUGUUAGGAGAAGACCCAGAGUUCGAUUAGAACCAGUGCAAAGUGGGGGUGGACAAGAAAGAGGAUUGAGGAGUGGCACUGUUCCGGCUCCCCUUGCAGUAGGUCUAGGAGCAGCUUGUGAAAUCGCAAAUCAUGAAAUGUCGUAUGAUCACGAGUACAUCACGCAACUGAGUCAGCAUCUUAUCAAUGGAAUCAUGGGACAAUUAACGCAUGUGAUACGUAAUGGUGAUCCAGUUUCUUGGUAUCCAGGAUGUGUUAAUUUAUCGUUUGCUUAUGUUGAGGGAGAGUCCCUGCUAAUGGCUUUAAAAGAUAUUGCCCUGAGCAGUGGCUCGGCGUGUACAAGUGCUAGUUUAGAACCAAGUUACGUUCUGAGAGCAAUUGGAACAUCUGAAGAUUUAGCACACUCUAGUAUAAGAUUUGGGAUUGGAAGAUUUUCAACGCUGAAAGAAAUCGAUUACGUGAUUGAAAAUACUGUCAGACACGUGACGCGAUUGCGAGAAAUGAGUCCUCUGUGGGAGAUGGUACAGGAUGGCAUCGAUUUAAAGACGAUUAAAUGGACUCAGCACUAGGACAGCUAGGAUAUUGUCUUGUUCCAUAUUCCUGAAGGCUGUACCAAUUUUCUACCAAAUUUUCAGACACAUAUAUA